AUGAUGAUGCUGAAUUGGUUUUGGUCACAAAUUUUUUCCUUGAAAAAAAUAGUUUGCGGUUUAAUCUUAUUUCAAAAACAAUUUUGGGCAGAAUUGGAUAACAAAUAAUUCAUUUAUAAUGGUGAAUACAAUGUGAAUGGUAUGAAGGUCGGUAGAUGGGAUAUUAAAUCUAAUACAACUGGAGAAUAUAAAUAAAUGUAAAUAUUAAUCAUUAAUAAUAAUAUUUAAAUAUAUAGUGCAGGUGGAUCAUACGAUUAGGAAGGCAAUUAAAAAAAGAUUGGAAUGUGGAUUGAAUUGGAUGAAGAAUUUGAUUAUUUAAAAUAAGUCACUUAAAAAGGUGAAUAUAAUAUGAAUGAGAUGAAGGUAGGCCGAUGGGAUAUUUUGUAUUGUAAUAGUAGAGAAUAGGAAUAUCAAUAAAUGUAAAUAUUAAUAAUAAUAUUCAAAAUACAUAGUGGUGGGGGAUCAUAUGAUUAAGAAGGAAAUUAGAAAAAAAUUAGAAACUGGACAGAAUUGGAUGAGGAGUUUAGGAGCCUUAAAUAAAUCACUUAUAAAGGAGAAUAUAAUAUGAAUGGGAUGAAGGUAGGUCGAUGGGACAUUAUGUUUAUGGAUGAUUAUGAGAAGAUAUUUUAAAAAAUGUAGAAAUUAUAUAAUUAUUAAAUCUAUUUAGUGGCGGUGGAUCAUAUGAUUAAGAUGGAAAUUAGAAAAAGUUUGGAAAGUGGGUAGAAUUGUUUGAAGGGUUUCAUAGUUAUUCUAAAGCCUUUUAUCUUGGAGAAUAUAAUAUGAAUG